UGGGAUCUUUAGGUGCUCUAUUUCUUGCAUAGAGAAUAACUUUCUAGUUUAAUUAUACUUUUGCUAUUUCCACUUUAUAAGUGAGAGGCUAAUUUUAGUGUGCAAAAAAAAUUAAAAAUAUGGGAAGAGCCCCUUGUUGUGCCAAAGUUGGUUUACACAAAGGUCCAUGGACUCCUAAAGAAGAUACAUUGCUUACAAAAUAUGUUCAAGCUCAUGGUGAAGGCCAGUGGAAAUCACUUCCAAAAAAAGCUGGUCUUCUUAGAUGUGGAAAAAGUUGUAGACUUAGGUGGAUGAAUUAUCUUAGACCAGAUAUAAAGAGAGGUAACAUAUCUCCAGAUGAAGAUGAUCUUAUAAUUAGAUUACAUUCACUUCUCGGAAAUAGAUGGUCCCUUAUAGCGGGACGAUUACCAGGAAGAACGGACAAUGAAAUAAAAAACUAUUGGAACACAUAUCUUUGCAAAAAAAUGCAAAAUGAUCAACAAAAAUGUGAUGAGAUAGAUCUUGAACAAAAACAACAUCAAGUCAAGAAUAACAACAAAAAGAAAAAGAGCAAUAAGCAAAAGAAGAGUGAGAAGAACAAAGGUACAAAGAAUGGGAAUAAUAUUCAAGAGGAAGAGAAAAUUCAAGUUUAUUUACCAAAACCAAUUAGGAUUAAGGCCUUAACUUUACCAAGAACGGAUAGUGGUACUUCUACAUUAGAAUCAAAUUCAUCAAUUGCAAGUCAAGAAAAAGAAGGAACAAAACAAGUUGUUAUAAACAACAACAACAACAAUAACAAUGUAAUUCACGAGGUUGGUGAGAUGGGUGAAAAUGAUGGUUUUGGUUUUUCAAGUGAUGACCAUGACUUAGUCAACGAGAUUGAAUCCGGAUCAUUUUUUGACACGUGUAACGAUCAUGGUAUGCUAGAGAAACUCUAUGAUGAAUACUUGCAAUUAUUGAAUUUAGACGAUUGUAAUUUUGAGUUCGAUUCUUUUGCCGAAUCUUUCUUUGAUUGAAAACAAUUUAAUAAAUUUUUAGCUUCUCACUCAUGUUACUUACAA